GUGUGGACAGGCGGAGUCUGCUGUGCGGAAAUGUAAAAGGGUUUUGGCGUUUGACAUUGUUACUGAUUCUCAAGCAAAUCUAUAUCAGAUCGGACAGCCACAACACACAGCUUAAACUCUACUCUGGGCAAUCCUCGCUUGUGGCUGUUGCAAAGAAGGUGUGAUCGAAUGGAGAUCCUGAAUAUAAAAGACCCUGCGAGAUAUAUGGAGCCAUCAGAGGGGAACACUGUGAGACGCCUUUGAAGAAAUGUCAGCUUUGUGGUCCAGCUAGACUAUGGCUAAAUCGACAGUGUGGAUAUUGGUGUUUUAUCAUCAACUUCUUGUACUUGUUUUAGGCUGGCUGGCUCCACCACAGAACGCAACUUUAACUUCUGAAAACUUCAAGUACAUUUUCAAAUGGGAACCGGGAGCGGGAUCGCCUCCAGAUACAAUCUACGUGGUUGAGAUCUGGAGGUUAAACAGGGAUAAGAUGUUCAAGCCAGUGAAAGAGUGCACCAAUAUUACAGUACGGACAUGUGACCUCUCAAGCAAGUUUGAGACAACUACAGAUUUGUAUUGGGCACGUGUUAAAAGCAUCAUCAGUGCAAGUGAAUCCAACUGGACAGAAUCAAAGGAGCUGCAACCAUUCCGUGACAGUUCUAUUGGCCCCCCGAUCGUCGCUGUGAUUGGCAAAGAAUGGAGCCUCAAAGUUACUCUCACCACGCCCAAGAUUUCACUAAAAGAGAGGAAUAGCAGCUCAUUGGAGAUUUGGAAAAACACUUGUGGCUGUUUAUGUUACAUUGUCAAUUUGUUCAAUAAAAACAAGAGAAUGGAGUCAAGGUAUCUGGAGGCUACAAACUUGGGGAUUGCAGUUACUGUAUUUGAAGAUCUGCAGCCUGUUUCCUUAUAUUGUGUUGUUGCAAAAUUUGAUUGCCUUGCUGGCCAUUCCAUCAUGUCCACAAAAUAUUGCUACUCUACUCCAACCCAAAGUGCAGACAUCCAGUGGAUUUCCAUUUUAGUCGGUUUACUUUUCAUGAUAUUUAUCGUGACUGUCUUUGUGGCUCUGCUCAUCAAACUAGGAGCAUGUCUCGAGAUGGGAUUUGAUGAUUCAGAGCCUCCGAAAACCUUGGCCAUCCUACACCAGGAUAUUCACAUAGAUUGGCAGAGCAAAGAACUGGAUGAGAAUUCACAAGGAGACCACAUCUCAUUCAUUUCGCAUGAUGAUUUCACAGAUGUUUGUCACAACGAUGAUCAGAGCACAAUCCCUGCUGUUAAAGUGAAGCUGCAGCCCCCCCCUCUUAGCUAUCAUUUUAACACUGAUGUAAGCGUUUGCUACGAAAGUAAUGGCUUGAAUAACAUCUACAAUGCGAGCGAGGACUACAGUGAGAGCAAAGAAUUGGGGGCUUCCACGUAUCAGGAUAUCAAAAGUCUUCCACUUUACAUAAAAGCUUCUUCUGAUGAAGAAAGGUGUACUUCACUGUAUCAGCAGUGUGUAAAUUCCCAAAUUACUGAACAACCAAAAAACACUGACUGGACUCCGAGUGCUCUGGUACCAGAAACUUGGAAGAAUGACUUUGGUGCCUUCUGCCAGAUUGAGGCAAAUACAGCAGAAACAAAGGAAGACUUCUUGGAACGUCUAAAGAAUCAAUUUUUUGAUGUUCCUUUGAGUUCGGUAAAACUCUUUUUAAAUGACGACAGCGAAGGAGGCAAGUUUGAAACUGCCCCAUGUGGAGUCAAGACACUUCUGUCAAACUCCGAUACUUUUUACUCCCAAUUUCCUGGAAGCUUUGCAAUAGUUGGAGAUAAGAUUGCAAAUACUAGACAGGGAUAUGAACCCCAGCCAGUGAAACUACCUUAACUUAACAAUUAUGAGAAAUUGCAGGAUCUGGAUCUAAAAUUUUCCUUUCAACUCUCCCAUCUUAAUAAAACAGUGGAAAUCUCAGGAUACGAAGCUCACUGAAGAACUAACAAGAGACUGGCAACUGACUUAAAGCUGGAAAUGAAGCAGAUUACCAAGCAAGGUGUUAGAGACCAGAACACUGGACUUGUUUAAAAAUCAGCUUGAUGCUGUGAUGGGAAGAUGGACGGGCAUGUGUUCUCAAAGGACAAGAUUAAAUGGGCUGAAGAGGGACGUCUUCAUCCAUAACCUUUCGUUUGGAUAUCAAAAACAAAAUUCAUGAAACAAAACAACAACAAAAAAUAUACUGAGGAAAGGUUGAGCUCUUGAAAUCAGCAAAUGAAUCUUAAACCAUGUCUCCAGUAAGAAGAAAAUAAUUCUAAAAGGUUUUGAGCUUUUUUUUUGCAGCUAAACUGAGAAAGACACAACAUCUCCCGACAACAUAUAAACUUAGAGAUUUUUCAUGUUGAAAUUACUUCACAAGUAAUAAAAAGUAAUAACUGCCAAGUCCAACAAUAGUUUGCAUUUAUUCACGUGGGUUAACAAAUCAGCGCUAUACAGUGACAAGGUUAUGCAUUGAUCAACUGAGAAAGGUAAUUGAUAUUUACCCCCAUAACUGAUAGAAAUAACUAUAUAUUUUUAUAAAAACAAAUUACGUUUGUAGUUGGGAAUAUUAUCCUUUAUUAUUAUUUAUCCUUUCUUAUCCUUUAUACUCAUUUAAAUAAACUGUCUGUCUAAACGGACACAACUGGAAGUGAAGUAAAAGUAACAUUAUGUGCCUCUUUUGUAUUAUAUUCAUAUUUUUAAAUAUUUUUAUUUUCUGCA